AUGGUCACGGCAGGUGUGGUGGAGCUGCCGCCAUCGAUCGAGGUCCUCUCACUGCAGGAGACGAGCAUCACCAGCCAUCAGUUCCACCGCAUCAAGCACAAGUUUCCGCAGCUCAAGACCCUCUACCUGUCGGCCCUCAAGAAGCUGGUGCCCACCAGCCGCCUGCCGCCCUCGCUCCAGAAGCUGUCGCUCCACCCGGGCCACGUGCCCGACGAGCGUAAGCGGUUCAUGUACAACGACAAGUGCCUGGAGGACAUCGGCCUGCUGCGCCACCUCACCCGCCUCAACCUGUUUCACGUCAACCUGUCCAACGAGGGCAUGCGCAAGCUCAAGGACCUCGGCCUGGUGUCGCUCCAGAUUGUGGGCGGCAUGUUCGAGGACGAGGGCCUGGCCUUCCUCCCCGCCAGCCUCGUGAGCCUGCGCGUCUCGCGAGCCAAGGGCGUCACCGACCAUAUCCCUUCUUCCGUGGAGCGAUUAGGACUGGCGAAGGUGGGGCAUGUGACGGCGGAGGGCAUUGUGCGAUUCCUGCGAGCAUCAAAUGCCCCGCGGCUGCAGCUGGUUGUGGAGAAGACCAUGCAGUCCGCGCUACUGGCCGUCCCCGAGUUCCCCGGCGCGCGCGUGCACCUCUCCACCGACAAGCACCUCUUCUACGAGCGAGGAGGCUGCGGCCUCUACUACUGCUAG